UGUUUGCAGAGAAAAGCCUAGAAACAUGCCCCAAAUGUUGCCUAAAGGUUCAAAAGGCUGCAGUCAAAUCAAGAACCCCAAAUUAUUAUUUUAAAGCCAAGCUCUUGACUUUUGUGGCUCAUGUGACUCAUAGUUUAUGUUCAUUGAGGGUGAAUGAUGCUGGUGUCAUCAGGCCCCUGGCACCUCCCCUUUGGCUGGGUGCCCACAGGCACCCCGGCCAGGGACAAUGUAUCUGAUGCCCAUAAAGCGACUUUGGGGGUGAAAGAUGGCCCUGGAGGCAGAAGUGAAAUGCUGCAGGGAGCCCGUUCCCUUUGCCAAGGCAUCAUGAGUGGGAGGGAGUGGAAGCUGCUGGCCCUAUAUUAACCCCACACUCCGACCCCACUCACAGAUCAGGCUUCUCCUUCUAUUCAGGGGAGCUGGGGUCGGGUACCGUAUGCCUGGGGGGCUGGAUAGCUCCUCACCCACCCCACUGUAGGAGGGGUGGAGCGUUGCAGGCAGCGGAAUCGUAGAGUCACAGCUUCCGGUGCCUGCCCGGGACGCAUUGGGGGCCGGACAGCACCGGGUCCUCCGAGCUGCGGACCGCGUCUCCUAGCAACUUUCCAGCAACACCCGGAAGUGGCUUGAAUGUCGCGAGGGUCCGGUCCGCGGCUGUUUGACUGGGGUAGGAGAGAGUCACUCCCUGCGGUGCGGAGGAGGAGGAGGAGGAGGAGUUUUCAGAUAUAACCUAUUGAAAUGAAUGAGGCAGUUUACACUGCAAGUCACUGGCAGAGUUGGAAAUACAGCCCAGGUCUCAUGAGUUUCCAGUUGACUGCUCCCAUCACAAAGAUGCCAGCCUAAGGGAUUCAUAGAGUUUUCACAUCCCUAGCACAGCACUGAAGGACAGAAAAGGACAACAGUCACCAGAUGCUGAUUAUUCUGAGGAAUCACCCUCCUUAAUGCAAUUAUAUUUCUAUUAGAUGCUUCAGCAUUAUGUAAAGAGACAUUGUCAGCUAGUUCAAGGCUCAAAAUGUAUUUAUUUAUUGUUAAGGUGAUUUGUAAAACUGUAGAAAUGCGUUCUCCCUGAAUUGGGGAAAAAACCCUACUUUAGAUUGCAGGGUGGUCUGGGACCGUUCGCAAAGCAGGGCUAAUAAGUGAAUGUAAUAUUUGCCCUUCUUUAGGACCUUCUAUCCAAUGAAUUAAAUAAGACUUUAAUCAGUUAAGCCUUUCAGUCCCCUUGUGAAGUAGAUCAACAGUUGUUAUUUUACAGGUGGAGAAGCUGGGACACAGAGACGUUACGUGACAUGACCGAGGUUACACAGUGAGUCUGUGGCAAAGCAGAUCUCCUGCUCCAGUGACAUAAGGGAGGAUACAAGUCCUCUUGUUUCAGGUAUUACAUUCUUCCAGGAUUGCUGUCAUGGUUCUUAAAGUCUUCUUCCCCUCUUGCUGUGCCACAGCAGAAAGUGGCCUUUUGAUUGGCCGUUGGAUCCCAGAACAGAACUCUGCUGUUGUCCUCGCUGUGGUCCACUUCCCUUUUAUUCCUGGCCAGGUGAAGCAGUAUCUUUCUGAGGUCCAGCGGGUGACUCAAGUCAAUGUGUGUGUGCUGGGCUCAUGGAGUAACAGCAAAAAGGAGAAGGAAGAGGUCCUGGACAAGUUUCUGGAAGAUCUCAGCACAAUCUUUUCCCAUGAGCCCUGGAUACAGCUCAAUAAAGAGAGAGACAGCAGGGUUUGGAGCUGCUGUAUCUUUCAGAAAUACCCCAGCAGCCCCAAGGAAGAUGAAUUCAUCUUAGUAUAUUAUGACCAGCGCAAAGUAAUGCUUUCACAGUUGCAUCCCACAGACAACCUGACCACGUCUGCUGACCAUAAGAGAAAUGAUGCCUCAAAACUAAGUGCUGUGUUUGACACAGUUGCAAAGAGCAAGGUACUAUUCAUGACAGAUAAAUACGAUGAUGGGCCCAUCAAGCUGACUCAUUGGCAGUCAGAAGGAGUGGAAGCCAGUAUUAUCGUGGAGCUGAUGAAGCAGGCUUCUGUGCCUGUGUGUAUGCUGCUGACAUUCCUGCUUUCACUUGUCUCCAGUGUCUGUAAAAGCAGAGUGCUGAAGUUUUGGCCUUUGUCUUUCAUCUGGAGUAAACUCUCAACUUGUGAACAAUUGGGGCACCGACUGGAGCACCUCCAGAUCAUCAGCAGCAACAGGAAGGCUCAGAACCAGAUGCAACUAAUGCGGAAAGCAAACAUCUUUGUUUCUCUCCUCAUUGACAUGGCUUUGGGAAUACUGCUAAUGUCCUGGCUGUACAGAGAGAAUCGGAUUGGUCAGCUUGCCGACACACUCAUCCCAGUGGCUGAUCAUAUAGCCAAAGAGCUCCAGGACCUGCUUCAGUGGCUAAUGGGAGUGCCAGCUGGUUUAAAAAUGAACCGGGCGUUGGACCAGGUGUUGGGCCGGUUCUUCCUUUACCACAUUCAUCUGUGGAUUAGCUAUAUCCAUCUGAUGUCUCCAUUCAUUGAGAUGAUCCUCUGGUAUGUUGGCCUGUCAGCCUGUCUGGGCCUGACUGUAGUGCUUUCCAUCCUCUCUGACAUCAUUGCGCUCCUGACCUUCCAUAUCUACUGCUUCUAUGUCUAUGGAGCCAGGCUCUACUGCCUGAAGAUCUAUGGCUUGUCAUCUCUCUGGCGCCUGUUCCGCGGGAAGAAGUGGAAUGUCCUGAGACAGCGGGUGGAUUCCUGCUCCUAUGACUUGGAUCAGUUAUUCAUUGGCACUUUGUUAUUUACAAUCCUGCUGUUUCUUCUGCCCACGACCGCGCUGUAUUACUUGGUGUUUACCCUGCUCCGUCUGCUGGUGGUGGUUGUGCAGGGCCUGAUCCAUCUGCUCGUGGACCUCAUUGACUCUCUGCCCCUUUAUUCAGUCAUCCUUCGGCUCUGCAGAUCCUACAGACUUGCAGCUGGUGUGAAGUUCAGAGUCCUUGAACAGAAGGCUGGAAAACCCCUUCGACUCUUAAUGCAGAUAAAUCCUCUGUCCUAUGGCAGCGUGGUGCAGACGUACAGGCUCCCAACCUAUGCUUGUUACCCUAAGGAUUCCUGGAGCUCUCUGUGCAAGAAGCUGUUUGUUGGAGAGCUGAUCUACCCUUGGAAGCAUAAAGGGGAGAAGCAGGACUAAAGGGAAGCAAAUGAGCCAGGCCUGAAAGAAUGAGCCAAAAACUACCAUUCAAACCCACUCACUGCUCCCAGGCCCAGUGAGCCUGGACCCAGCAGCUGCUAGCUGGGACAAUGCUGUCAAAUCCUCUGCUGAGACUCUGGUAAUGUGCGAGGAGGGGCUGCAUUUUAAAUGGGAGUGUUUUUAUAUAAUCUCCUUCAGCUUUCCCCCUCCUAUACGGCCCCAUCCAGCUGACUUGGUUUCCAGGCUAUUCUCUGUUAAUGAAGUGUUAUUCUGCCCUAGAUUACACUGUUCUUGCCUGGCAGCACUAGGGGCCAGAGGUUUAACCCUUCAGUGCCUCUCCACAGCAGCAUACCAUGUAAGCCAGGGCAUAGCUCCUGAUCAGCCUGAUGGUCUGUUAGUCUUUCCAUGCAAGUUCAUGGGGACAUAUUAAAGCUGCCCUGGGACCUGAGGGUGAUUAAAGCCAAAAAGCUGAGGUGGAUUAUUACAUCCAGGUAUUCUGGACCUUUCAUAUUCAUGUGUUCAAGCCAAUUCAUUAAAUGCAUGCUCCCAAACUGGAUGGUCAGAUUGGAAACAGUACUGGUAUGUAGCCCAUUGAUUUGUCCCAUUUCUUUUUCUUUGGUUAUCCCACUGCAGCACCAGAGCAAGGGUGAGCAUAGAAAAAAUGUAGCAUGGAGGCCAGAAAACACACACUGCUCUGGGACCAUGCCUAACCCACCAUUUACAGCAGGAACAGACAGAGGUAGGGUUUCACCACAAAAAAUCAUCUUUGGCCUAAAUAUUCUUAACGGACUAGUGAUGUUGGAUGCAUCUGUUUCUCAGUGCCCAAUCUGAGACCUUUUAAAGGGGCCUGAUUUUUGGACAGUCCAGACCCUGUAACAGCUCACAAAAUUGGCCUCUAAAACUACUAGUCGCUUUGGAAAAUGUAGACCUCAUUUCUUAAGAAUACUUUUCUUGCUUACGGUACUAACCUCCAGAUCACAAUGAAAACAAUGGUCUCUUUCUCUGUCAGAUUUUAAGUACAUACACAUUAUGGUGUCUGUUCCUCUUUCAAAGUGUUCCUCCUAUUAACCCGAAUGGGAAAUACAUUAAUGUGUUGGC